UCUCAUGGGCCAGCGACGUAACUGACCACCCUGCCCAAAAGAGAGCUUCGAAUGUUCUUUGGCCCCGCUUUUUAGCGUCUCCCAAACGAGUAUCUCGUGAACGCGACCUUUUUUUAUCUAAUAUCCAAUGGCUGUAAAUAGAAAGCGGGUAGUUAAACCAAGGGUCAGGAUUUUCUCAAGAAAGUUGGUUCUCUCUUCUAUUUAUACACUGCCAUUCAGUCGUUUCUUCACUCAAAGCUUUUUCUCUUACUUAUCCGUAUUCUUUCAGCUCUCUGCCAAAAUGGGAAUCAGAUUCAGAACUCUUGCCUUCAACCUUUUCCUUUCAAGCCUAUUGUUUUCUCUUGCAUUUUCUGCAUCAGAUGAUGCUCUGAUCAGAAUAAGAGUGAAGAAGUUGAAGUUGGAUGGAAACAGCCGGCUUGCUGCUCGUCUUGAGUCCAAGGAAGGGCGAGUUCCAGUAAGGAAGUAUAGUCCCCUAGGUAAAGUGGUGAACAAUGCUGACAGCGACAUUGUAGAAUUGGAGAACUACAUGGAUGCUCAGUACUAUGGAGAGAUUGGUAUUGGCACUCCCCCUCAGAAAUUCACUGUUAUUUUUGAUACUGGUAGCUCCAAUCUGUGGGUUCCAUCUUCAAAAUGCUAUUUUUCUCUUCCGUGUUAUGUCCAUUCCAAAUACAAGUCAAGCCAGUCAAGUACCUAUAAAAUGAAUGGAAAGUCUGCUGCAAUUCAAUAUGGAACUGGAGCUAUAUCUGGAUUCUUUAGUGAGGAUAAUGUCAAUAUUGGUCAUCUGGUGGUUAAGUAUCAGGAGUUUAUUGAGGCAACAAGUGAACCAGGUCUUACAUUUUUGGUGGCUAAGUUUGAUGGAAUACUGGGACUUGGUUUCCAAGAGAUCUCAGUUGGAAAUGCAACCCCUGUCUGGUACAACAUGGUUAAACAAGGUCUUGUUAAGGAGCCUGUGUUCUCAUUUUGGCUCAACCGGAAUGAAAAUGAAGAAAAGGGUGGUGAACUUGUCUUUGGUGGCGUUGAUCCAAAUCAUUACAAGGGCCAACAUACCUAUGUUCCAGUGACACAGAAAGGAUACUGGCAGUUUGAGAUGGGUGAUUUUCUUAUUGAUGGAAAAAAAACCGGUUACUGCAGUGGUCGAUGCUCAGCAAUUGCAGACUCUGGCACUUCUCUUAUAGCUGGUCCAACAACUGUGAUUGCCAUGAUUAACCGAGCCAUAGGAGCCUCUGGAGUUGUUAGCCAAGAAUGCAAGUCCGUGGUUGAACAAUAUGGGCAAACCAUUCUGGAUCUUCUCUUGGCCGAGGCAAAACCAGAGAAGAUAUGCUCCCAAGUCGGGUUAUGCACUUUCGACGGGACUCGUGGUGUCAGUGGGGGCAUCGAGAGUGUUGUGGAUGAACAAGGUGGCAGAUCAUCUAGCUUGCACGAUGCUAUGUGCCCUGCUUGUGAAAUGGCCAUUGUGUGGAUGAAAAACCAACUCGAGCAAAACAAGACUCAAGACCGCAUUUUAAGCUAUGCUAAUGAGCUUUGCGAGCGUCUACCGAGUCCACUGGGAGAAUCAGCAGUUGACUGUGGAAGGAUCCCUUCUAUGCCUAGUGUUUCCUUCACAAUUGGUGGAAAAGAGUUUAAGUUGUCCGCAGAACAGUACAUACUUAAGGUGGGCGAGGGUGCUGAAGCACAGUGCAUCAGUGGUUUCAGCGGUCUAGAUAUUCCUCCUCCUCGCGGUCCUCUCUGGAUCCUGGGAGAUAUUUUCAUGGGUCCAUACCACACCGUGUUUGACUAUGGCAAACUGAGAGUUGGGUUUGCUGAGGCUGCUUAGACAACCUCCCUUUUAGUGUUGAGCAUAGUUACUAUGUUCAUCUGUUUGCAAAAAAUGUGGUUAAAACAGUUGGUUUUGAAAGGUGUUGGCUUUUGCCCUGAAGAUUAUAAUGUAAAUAUACACUCCCUGUUUAACCUAAUAUGUACAAUUAUUUGCUUUAAGAAUAUUAAA